UAAACCUCAGGCCAUGGUUCUUCAUUGGUUCCUAGCUGGAUAAAUCGAUUUUUUGGGGGGAGGGGGUGCUUCUGCAAUUUCACCCUCGCUCAACUAUGUGGUAACGCCACUCAUUCGAUUCCUCUUUCCAGAGAGGUAGCUUCUUCGGUCCCGGGAACGUUACUAAAGAGGGAUGCACGCCGUUUGAACAAAUCAAUUGAAACUACAGCGUCAGUGCGAAGCUUGCCAGUUGCACGUUUGAUUGUUUGUCCUCUACGUUUAUAACCUCCGCACCGACAUAUUUGGUCUGUUUUUGUCCAGCCAGCGAGGAAGUCGCCUUCAAAAAAAGGAGUCGCCUACAACGGUACCUGAGAAUUUGUGGGGGGGAAACGCUGCGAAGCGUGCCUCGACAUUCUUACGAUCCUUGAGGUUGUUGAGGACAUUGGCUCCACUCCGGGUUCAGUGUGUUUGUGAGCCGCUGGAUCCGGUGAGUGAGACCGUUGCCGGGCCUACAAGGGAUGAAACCGGAUGGGGUUGCCAUGGAGCCCACAGAAGCCGUAGGAGCCGAGCCCUCGGCCCAGGGGAUGGCCACCGACGAGAUGCCCGCCCAGCCAGCUCCUUCAACUUCCCCGUCCUCUCCAUCACAGCCUGAAGACACCCAAAACAGUGCAGCGCAGCCUGAAAACUCCACAGCACCCCCUGAAAACCCCACAGCACCCCCUGCAUCCAAGGAGGUCAAUGGGGCCAAUGGCAAGGCAGCAGCUGACCCCAAACCCAAGGCUAAGACCGUGGGCUUGGCUAAACCACGGCCAGGCACAGCUGGAACCAAGACCGCAACGGGUCCGGCAUCAGGACCCGGCACCUCUCGUCCGGGCACGGCCUCAAGCCACAUGGCCAAUGGAUUAAAGUCCUCGGCCAGUGACCUGGCCAAGAAAGCCGCUUUGGACAAAAAGAGAACCACCACUAUAGCUGGAGCACCGGCUGCAGCCACAAAGAGGUCCGUGGCUUCCACUGUCAGGACCCAAACUAAAGUAGCUGUCCGAGUCCCCAGGUCCACCUCUGCUACCAGGCCAACCAACACUACAUGGACUGCGGCGACGGGGCCUGGCACUCCAACGAGGAGACCUCCAGCUGCUGGGCCCAUUAAUGGGGCUGGGGCCAGACCCAAAACCACAGCUUCCAGACAUGCUGCCCCCAAGUCUCCCAGCACUUCAGCUGCGGCCAAACCCGAUAGGACACUGGUUUCCAAGACAACCAGGCCUGCCGCUGGUCACACUGGAUUGUUAAUGGGCACAUUCAGACCUGCAGCUUCCAGAGUCGGUACCACAGCCCCCUCUACUGGCAGGACUACAACAGCGCAGGCACCCAAACCUACAGGCCCUGCCAAGAAAGAUGUCAGCAGACCAGCAACCACUACCGCAGCCAGAAAGCCGGUAACAUCCACCACUACCAAAACGACCAAACCUGACCCCCCUAAAGCGACUGCAGCCUCCAGACCCGAGCACGCCUCCAAAAGGCCCCAUCCCACCAAGGCGGCAGACACCAAGCCAGCCCGCCCUACAUCACAGGACCCCAAGCCCCUGCCCACACGUAAAGCCCCUCCCACCACACGGCCCCCUGCCACACGACAGCCCCAGGGUAAGACCCCCCCUGCCUCCCCCAGUAACAAGCCCGUGGACAGCACCGCCCCCCAGUCAGUCAAACGAGCCUCUAAACCAACCCAGUCUGUCCUGCCCUUCACUGCCAGACCUGGAGCUCCCAAGUCUGCAGCAGCAGUGGCUGCCACAGCAGCAGCUGCUGUGGCAACAGUCGCCAUGACAGCCACAGCAGAGCCAGAAGUGGCAGCUUCAGAAGUCCCAGCACCAGUGUCUGCAUCUUUGCCAGCAGUGGCCCUAGAGUCCAGAGAAGAUGUUUCAGCCCCAACUCCUCAGGAUACUACGUCUCCAUCUCCACCACAGAGCCCACUCAGGCUGGCUCUUGCUCCACCACAGAACUCACUAGUCACUGUUGCCCAGGAGGAGAGGUCUGAACGACCAGAGACUGUCCCAGCAGCCCCGCCACAGCCAGCACCAGACCAGACCUUACACCAGGACAUCCCCGCAGCAGUGGCUAGGGCUACACCCAGCCCUCUGGAUUCCUACGAGAAAGCCCAGCUCAACAUGGAUGAAGAAGAGGACGAGGGGAGGGAGGGCAGCCAGCAGGUGUCUGUGUCAGAAAUGAGCGGCUCCCAGCCCACGGAAGAGUCCAGGCCGGGCUCAGCCGGCCCUGUGGGUUCAGGGUGGCGUGCAGGUGGCGCCCUGCUAUCGGAGCUGGACUCUGAGGUGAGCUGCAGCCAGCAGGGGGCGUCGGAGCUGAGCGCCCUGGGCGUCCUGGAGGGCACAGAGAGUAUGGAUGACCUAGGAGAUGGCAGUCUGAAGGGUGCCAUCGACAUGGAGGGCAUGUCUGCCUCGGCCGGCUCGCCUGACUUCGAGAAGGUGCCCGACAUCCCGACCAAUGAUUUUGAUGACGACGAUGAAGACGGAGACCGGGUGUGCGACAUGGAGGUGGGUUCGGAACGGGCGGAUGACCCGAGAAGAGCGAGGCGUGACGAGGAUGAGGAUGACGAUGUGGAGAUGGCCAGUGAAGGGGUGACUGAGAGUGGGCUGGAGAGCUACGGGAAUGCAGAUGAGGAUGACUUUGCGGAGGAUGAGAGACUGGACAACCUGAACCAAGCCCUGCCUGCCCUGGCCGCCCAGUGGGACCAACCCAACCCCAACUCCUCCUUUUGUGACCCCUGGGCCCAGCCGCACCCCCAGGCUGCCUCAGCCUCCCCCCUGCAGACCCCUACCAGCCCCUCAGACCCCUGGCAGGCUGAUAUGGAGACACCCACCCAGUACUCCACUCAACCCUGGCUGCAGCUGGCUGCCACACCAUUUGUUCCAGCCCUGCAUGAGCCCUCACACCAGCCUGCCCCUGCAUCUCCACUUGAGAAAGAGACCCUAGCCCCAUUGCACUCCCUGUCCCCCAUAGCUGCCUCCGGCCGCGGCAUGUCACACUCCAGCACCCUAAGCGCUACAGAGCUGGCUGUCCACAGCAACAGCGAGACCAGCACCCCAGAGGAGCUCUGUGACUACAACAGCAGCUCCGGGGUGGAGUCCCGCUCUGAGGGGGGGAAGCUCUACACCCUGCCUGCCGCGCGCUCCCUCCAGCCUGAAAUGGAGGACCAGGACCUGGGCAUCCGCCUGGAGAGAGAGGACGGGGAGGUGGCAGAGACCCUGACAGCCAACGAGGUCCCAGGGGACCCUGCCACAGCACCCACGUCCAACCCCUUGUCCUCCUCCACCACGGAGGAUGAGGCCAGCGACACGGAGGGCGAGGCCCAGCUGGAUGAGCUGGGCCAGGGCAUCCACAACGCCACCUUCGACCGCAAGCCCGGCGCCCAGCGCUUCCUGUCUGCCCUGGAGGAAGGGGAGGAGACCAGUGGAGGUGCAGAAGAGGGCGGCGACACCCCCCAGUCUGCCAACUCGGCGGCAUCCUACGCCUAUGACAUGACGGCGUCCAACUCCAGUAACCACUCCACUGCUGAGAGCUGCGCCAAGAGCCCCGGCAUCUUCUCCCUGGAGGAGCUGCCUGAGGAGGCCAAGGACCCGUCACUCAUCCAGGAGCUGACCCUGCCACCACCCCAGCAACAGGCUGCCUCGGCAGACUCUCUUCUAGUCUCCAACCCAGAGGAGCAGCAGUACAUGUUGUGUGGGACGCUUGAGACAGAGCUAGGGGACACGGGGGAUCUGAAACCCCUGGACCCCGCGCUGUUCGUGGCCCCCCAGCAGCCCGGGGAGGGCCCCCGUGUCACCCAACCGCCCUACUACUCCACUGUCUGUGAAAACACUGAGAACUCUCUCACAGGGCUCAACGUGCUCCCCCAGCCACACUGCCGCCGCGACCACCACCCCAACCCCCACUGUGACCUCUUGACCCCACCCAGGCUGACCUGUGCUGACCUGCCCCCCCGGAGCCCUCGCCUGCAGGCCAGCCCCCAGCUCCGCAGACUGGAACGGCACCAGCAACAACUACUAGAACUGCAGCAACGCAGAGAACAGCAGGGGAAACCCAAAGAAGAAGAGGCGAGGAAGAAGAGCGAGAAGGAGAUGAAGAAAAAGGAGGCGGAGCAGCAGGAGGAGGAGGAGAAGCUGAGGAGGGAGGAGCUGAAGCAGAGGCAGCAGAUCAUGCGGUGGCAGCAGGAGCUGGAGGAGCAGGCACAGCAGACGUCACCGCAACAACAGCCCCAGAAAGGUCAGGCAACAGUGCUGCUUUCGCCUUCCUCUGGUCUCCAUACCAUUUAUGAAGCCCUGGAGAGUGAUGAAGAGGGGAAGCAGAUUGAGGUUAAUGUCCAGCUCGAACAAUGCGAAGAAGCCCCGCUGGAGAACGAGGUUGACAGUAACAGUGACCGUCGAGAGGUGUUGGAUGAGGACGGAGCUGAUAGCAACUCCACCUCCACUCUCAGUCCCUCUCCAGACUCCCCCGAGCAGGAAGAGUCCCGGGACGCCUCCCCACCCUCCGUUUCCCCAGAAUGCCCUCCUCCCCUGGACCUGGACUGGGGGAAGAAAGUUGACAUUGUCCAGCAGCUGAUCAACCAGACCUUGCUGCUGACGGGCGAUGGCUGCUCCUCCCUGCUCCUGCUGCCCGGAGGCACCUUGAGCCCCCUGGAGGCCAGCCUGUGGCCCAAACUGCUGCCCCCCCUUACCCCUCCCUCAGCCACGGUCACGUCGGUCAGCAGCUUCUCCCCGGAGGCCCCCGGCCUGUCCCCCCAGGGUGAGUGGACAGUGGUGGAGCUGGAGACACACCACUGAGGGAUGUAGAGACGUGUGUCUCACCAUUAAUGGUUGCACACACUGUUGUAACACCACCUCUUUUACCUUUCCUUGCCAUUCAUCACUGCAAAUACAACACUACUGUUUGAUACACUGAACUAACACCACUGUAUUUUCAAACAUGAUACCUUUCGAUUGGGGGGCAAAGGACACUGACACCAUGGUUACAUCAAUCACAGACUGACUCACACUGUAAUUUUACACCUCGCUCAUGCUAAAACUGUUAGGUUACAUACCAGCAGUCCCAGAGGGCUACUACUUUGAUUAGACUGGUUGACUGAAGCUUCUGGGCCAGCUAUUUGGUUAGCAUAGUGACUACUUGUUAGCCAUUGUCAAUUUUACUGAAGCUAAAACUACUGGAUUUGAACAUUUAUUUAGCCUUUUAUUAAACUAGGCAAGUCAGUUAUGAACCAAUUCUUAUUUAGGAACAGGGGGUUCAGGGACAGAAGGUCAGAUUUUUACCUUGUCAGCUCAGGGAUUUGAUCUUGCAACCUUUCGGUUACUAGUCCAAUGCUCUAACCACUAGGCUACCUGCCGCCCCAGGUAGCCUCACACACACGCAAUAUGUUUUGAUGUGGGGGGUGGGUCCUAGGUGGUUCAGUUCACACUGAAGAUGUUGAACUACUGACUUGGUUUAUGAUUAUUGGUCUGAAUUACUGAUGACAAACUGCACUUGACUAGACCAGUAUCCUAUAAUGAUCACUCAAUGCCUGCUUAGCUUUGUGCUUCAAAACGGUUUGAUUUACUCUAGAGCAGCAAAUCAUAGAAAUAGAAUCCCUAGAACAGUCACAGGAUCCCCAUUCCAAUUGCCGAGGGCCUUUAUCCUUUCUAGGGAUACUAUUUAUAUGGGCCAAGUUCCUGCGUUUCUCUGAUGUCAAACCAGAGGCCUUCCACCAGCUGAGGUAAAACACUGGUUGGCCGUAUCUGUUAGAGUCGAUAAAUAAGCUUACUCUAUGAUGAAUUCCACCAUUUCAGGGUGGUAUUUCACUAAGCAGGAUCUAUUUUGUGAUACAACUUCAUGAAAUACACCUGGGUGCUAAUGAAAUGAGGGACUGUUUCUGUUGCAUGCUACUGCUGACUCUGAAGGCCACCGGAAAUAUCGGUUUGUCUUUUUUUCAGAAGCACUCACGUUUUUGUUCUGAAGACUUGGCCCCAUAUCCUGGGUGGUUUUCCUCAUGUUUGGGCUUGUUUCUGUGGUUACGGAUGAUGACAUAAUGGGGGUGGGAGUGGUCAUGACAUUGAUAUGAGGUAAUGGAGAAAUGAAUAGGUAAUUGAAGAGGGUCAGAGUGUAAGAAAACACGGAGUCUUUGAGUAGAUUUCUCUGGGGAUAUAACCGGUUCUUCUGUGAGACUGCUGGGUCCUAGCCUGGUCCCAGAUCUGUUUGUGCUGACCAUCUGCCCAACUCCUAUGGUAGUUUGGUGUGAUGAAGACCAUGGGCGUUGGGCAGAUGGUCAGCACCAACAGAUUGCCAAGAUGACACAAACCGAUUUGGGACCAGUCAUGGGUUUUUGCGGGUUAAUAUUGGGGUUAGUCAUGAAUUAAAUUUGAAGGAUGGUGGUACAGAGUUAACCUUGUGGAUGUGUACAUGUAUUUGUGCGUGUCUGGGUGAAAAGGUACUGCAUGUGAAGAAAACAAUUUGCAUUACCUCAGUGGAUUGUGAAUAUAGUAAAUGAGUAUGUCCAUCAAGCCUAUAAUAUGGAUUCAUAGAGUGUUUGAAAAUUGAUUUAUUGUGCCAUGUACCUUCAGUUUGAAACCUGAUCUGACAUGAGUCAAACACUGGCUUUACUAUUAGGGUACUUGUGUUCAAAUGGGAACUUGCAUUAAGCCUCACUGAAGUUGAUUUUCUAACAGGAGUGUCAUCUAUUUAGCAGAAACAUGGAUUUUGUCAUUGUGGUUGAACUUUGAGCCCUAAGGAGAGAGUCCACUGUGUGGGGCAACGAUCCUGGAUGGACAGAAACGGGUGGUUGGGAUGAAGUGAACGCCGAGACACACUCCUUCAUAUACCAUAGGGAUGGACUCGACUGUUGAUACAACCACUCUGCUGUGAGGCCAGGACUAGUAGAUACUAUAUGUAUCUGGAAAUCAAACCCUUUUCCACCGUAGGCACAGCAAGCAAGGGCCCUUUUUUAUAUAAAUGGUAGCUAGAUUCUCCCGUGUCUUUUUCAAGCCGUUUUUCCAUGUGUAGCCAAGUGGCUGCCAUUUUCUAAGGCAGUUUGGUACAUUCCGAUUUGAGGGCUCUGCCACUUCUACUCCAAGAUCCCAAAGCGACACGCACAAGGCAUCGGUCAAAGCUGGACUUUAUCUCUUGUUUUUUAAACGUCUCCUCACUGUAGUGUUUUGUGUAUUGUUAGUGUAUAGUAUUACCGAAAGGGGAGUCUCACACCAUUUAUUUCAAUGAAGUGAACCCACUGGAUGUUUGUUUUGUACUGUAGAGAAUAUUUUAAAGUACGGUAGAUGAGAGGUGACAUUUUUAUUUAUAGAUUUGAAGCAGAUCUUGUUUUAGAGAAUGAAGGUUAAUGGUUGUAGAUGUAAUGGUUUAUUUAAAUUCCAAGAUGUGACCUUUGAACUUCCGUCGGUACUACACUUGUCAACCUUUUUUUUUCUUAUUUUGUUUGUAUGAUGUUUUGCCUGCAUUUCUUAACGAUCUUCUCAAUAGUUAUCAGGGGAUAUGAAGUGACGAGAGCGUGUUCAGUGCUUCCAUGAACGCGCUUUGGUACAUUUCUGUAUUUUAUGGAACUGCUCAAACCAUCUACAAACAUUCCCGUCUAGCUGGUGUAGAAAUGACACUGUAGUAAAUGACAAUAUCACGCAAGUUACAGAACUAUCAUGCCCAAUGGAGCAUGUCUGGGAAUCCUCUAGUACUGAAAGGUGUGGACUCUUCCCCUCUUUUUGUAAAGUUCUGUCAUUUUAUUUUAAAAUGAAGGGAAACCCCCUUCUAAUUAAUGUCUAUUCUCCAUGAAAUGAGGCAUUUUGACGUUGUGGAGUUCAAAUCACGGCAGCUUGUUUAAAUACGUAAUAAUUCCUUGAGGUUGUGUGACUUUGUGUGAACGGCUAAUGUGUUUUGUCUAUUUCAAUGCAUUUUAUUUCGAGAAAAUAAAAUUUAUUUUCUUUUG